AUGUAUAUUUUUCAUUUGAGGAUUGCCAUUUUACUCUGGUGCCAACUUGUUAUUGCUGCAUCCAGUUUGGAUAUCGGAGCAUAUGAUAUAGAGAGGGGCAGACCUGCAAAAUGUGAACCCAUCACCAUUCCCAUGUGCCAGGGCAUUGGCUACAAUAUGACAAGAAUGCCCAACUUCAUGAAAUACGAAAGCCAAGCAGAGGCCAGCAUCAAACUGAAUGAGUUUGCCCCUCUAGUGGAAUACGGCUGUGACGUGCACCUGCGCUUUUUCCUCUGCUCCCUCUACGUCCCCAUGUGCACUGACAAAGUGUCCACCACCAUACCUGCCUGCCGACCAAUGUGUGAGCAGGCCAGGCAGAAGUGCUCUCCCAUCAUGGAGAAAUUCAGCUUUGGCUGGCCUGACUCACUGGACUGCUCCAAGCUGCCCACUAAAAACAACCCCAACUCGUUGUGCAUGGAGGCGCCUGAGAAUGACACCAAGCAGGAGAUCAAGAAGGGGGAGGGCAUGCUACCGGUGCCCCCCAGACCCAGGCAGCCCGGCCCGGGUACCAGCGGGCACUCGGGCAACAGCCUGGGUUCCUGCGAGAACCCAGAGAAGUUCCAGUACGUGGAGAAGAGCCAGUCAUGUGCCCCGCGCUGCUCCUCGGUGGUGGACGUGUUCUGGUCGCGGCAGGACAAGGACUUUGCCUUCAUCUGGAUGGCGGUGUGGUCCACACUCUGCUUCAUCUCCACCGCCUUCACUGUCCUCACCUUCCUGCUGGACCCGCAGCGCUUUCAGUACCCGGAGCGGCCCAUCAUCUUCCUCUCCAUGUGUUACAACGUCUACUCGGUGGCCUUCGUCAUCCGCUCGGUGGCCGGGGCCGAGAACAUCGCCUGCGACCGGGAGAAUGGCGAGCUCUACGUCAUCCAGGAGGGGCUGGAGUCUACGGGCUGCACCAUCGUCUUCCUCAUCCUCUACUACUUUGGUAUGGCUUCAUCUAUCUGGUGGGUCAUCCUCACACUCACCUGGUUCCUGGCUGCUGGCAAGAAGUGGGGCCACGAGGCCAUCGAGGCCCACAGCAGCUACUUCCACAUGGCCGCCUGGGGCAUCCCAGCCAUGAAGACCAUCGUCAUCCUAACUAUGAGGAAGGUGGCAGGGGACGAGCUGACGGGGCUGUGUUAUGUGGGCAGCAUGGACGUUAACGCACUGACCGGCUUCGUGCUCAUCCCUCUGUCCUGCUACCUGAUCAUUGGCACCUCUUUCAUCCUCACGGGCUUCGUGGCGCUCUUCCACAUCCGGAAGAUAAUGAAGACGGGCGGCACCAACACGGAGAAGCUGGAGAAACUCAUGGUGAAGAUCGGUGUGUUCUCCAUCCUGUACACGGUGCCCGCCACCUGCGUCAUCAUCUGCUACUUCUACGAGAGGCUCAACAUGGGGUACUGGAAGUUCCAGGCGCUGGAGAACAAGUGUGUGUCGUUCCCCGGGCGCCGGCAUGAGGACUGCUCACUGGAGGAGUCGGUGCCCACCGUGGCAGUGUUCAUGCUGAAGAUCUUCAUGUCUCUGGUGGUGGGCAUCACCAGCGGUGUGUGGGUUUGGAGUUCCAAGACCCUGCAGACCUGGCAGGGCCUGUGCAACAGGAAGCUGUCGGUGCGGACUAGCAGGAAGCCUUGUAGCAGCGUCAGCUGCAGCACCUCCCACUGUCACUACAAGUCCCCAGCCGUGGUGCUCCACAUGGCCAAAACAGACUCUUACCUAGAGAGCCCCACACACGUCUAACAUUUCAAGUGACACUUCUCACAGUGUCUUGUAUUGACAAUG